AUGGAGAAUCACAAUGAAGAGCCAAGUAUAGCUCCAGCGCCAAAUCGCUGGUACAAUAUUACGUUAGGACCAUCACUACUCAGCGAUUGUCACUUAUAUUCUCCCAGAUUCUGUACUUUACGAUAUGAGUUUAAACCUGCAUCGAUUGAUAAUAAGAAACCAGGAUCGUUUCACAAGAGUAAUGAUAAUAAGGUUACGUUGGAGUUUCAGAACAAUCAAAUUGGUAAACCUAGUGUUCGGUUUGAUGGUGUUAGUGAGGAUUACAAUGAUAAAGACAAAGAUGCAAUUAUCUUUUUUGAUGGCGAAACAUUUCGAUUGGAGAAGCUUCAUCGAGCUGUUAAACGUUUAAAAUACUUGCGUGUUCCUGGCGAUUCCGCUGCACCGUCGGUUACUGAAUCUGUUAGUAAAGCAACAAAGGUUAAGGUGGCAGAAAUUGACAUUAACAAUCCUGCUAGCUUAGAUCAUGAAAACGAAGAUGAUCCAUAUUCAUCUGCUCCUAACCCUAUUGUCAAUGAAUCCGAGGAGGAUGUCAACAUUGAUGAUGAUGAAGAUGCCAAUGAUGGCCAAGAAUCAGCAAGAAAAGAAACUUUGUCGACAAAGGAAUUUCGAACUGGUGGCCUUGACAUUGACAUUAAUCUUCCGCAUCCUGCUGAAAUGGAGGAGGAUGAGAUUGCAGAUGUAGAUAUCAAUGAUGAUGAUUCGUACAAAGGUCUUAAUGCAGCAGAAGCACUUAGAGCUCAAGUAAACGCAGAAGCAAGAGAGGAGGAGCGAAAGAGCUCAAGUUCAAGCAGCGGUAGAGAAAAUGAGAGCAGCGAAAGCGGAGCUGAGAGUAGUGGCAGUGGUAGCAGAAGUAGCAGCAGUGAAAGCGGAACUGCUAGCAAGAGUGGAAGCCGGGCUAGCCAUUAG